UCUUCCCCGUUCCCCUUUCCCCGUUCCCCUUCCCCGCCCCUCACCUCAGCGCGGCGCCCAUGAGCCUCCCGGCGGGGGUCUGACACCGCCCGGCACCGCGGCACGCAAAGCUGGCGGUGGUCCGGGCACGGCAAAGCGCCGGGGCGGGAGGAGGAGAGCGGCGGCAACGUGCGCGGGCACAAAGGCCCCCUCCAUUGUCAGCGUCUCUCCUGAAGGGAUGGAGAACUCGUCGGUGGCAUCGGCCUCCUCGGAGGCGGGGAGCAGCCGCUCUCAGGAGAUCGAGGAGCUGGAACGUUUCAUAGACAGCUACGUCCUGGAGUACCAGGUCCAGGGGCUGCUGACAGAUAAAACGGAGGUGGACGGUGAGAGCGAGAAGACGCAGUCCCACGUCUCACAGUGGACGGCGGAUUGUAGCGAGCAGCUUGAUGGCAGCUGUUCGCCAUCCCGAGGGAAGGGCUCGUCGUCUCACGAACAUAAUCAGGAAGAGUGGGAUCACAGCAGCAGUGGGAGCGCAGGAUCCCGGCCGGGGUUGGGCUCCAGGCGUGGGUCUGGAUCCAGGCCUGGCAGCCGCGGGAGAAGCAGCCAGUUCGGGCAAUCAACCAAGAAUGGCAACAAGGAGAGCUCCCUUGACAUGCUGGGCACAGACAUCUGGGCUGCCAACACCUUUGACUCCUUCAGUGGUGCGACGUGGGACUUGCAGCCUGAAAAACUAGAUUUCACCCAAUUUCACAGGAAGCUGCGAAACACCUCCAAACACCCGUUGCCUCACAUAGACAGAGAAGGGCUUGGAAAAGGGAAAUACGAGGAUGGUGACAGCAUCAACUUGAACGACAUAGAGAAAGUCCUUCCAGUGUGGCAGGGUUACCAUCCGUUGCCUCAUGAAGCUGAAAUCGCACACACCAAAAAGCUGUUCAGAAGGAGGAGAAACGACCGGAGGCGACAGCAGAGACUUCCUGGUGGGAACAAGUCUCAGCAGCACACAGAUCAUCAGCAAGGUGGUACCAAACACAACAGGGACCACCAGAAACUCUACCAAGGAGGCCAGGCCCCUCAUUCCUCAGGCAGGACGGGCCACCACGGCUACAGCCAGAACCGGAGAUGGCACCACAACCAGAAGCACUCGCCCAACGACAAAGAAACGCACAGAAACGCCAAAGAGACUGAGAAUUUGAAAAUCGAGGACACCUCCGUCUGCACGGUGCAUAUUCCCGUGGAGACGCACCGGGGCCCGGAGGCUGUGGAGAAGCAGUCUCAGCAGUACAUCCAGGAGUCGGAGACCAAGCGGAAAGACAGUAUUCACGAGCGCAUUGGGGAAAGACCCAAGAUCAAUUUGCUUCAGUCUUCCAAAGACAGGCUGCGGAGGAGACUAAAAGAAAAGACGCCUUGUCUUUCCCUUUUCACGGACCAGGACGAAGUCACGGUGGAAACCACCAAUCCUGAAAAGAACAAAAUGGACAAAUUAAUUGAAAUCCUCAACAGCAUGAGGAACAACAGCAGCGACGUUGACUCCAAGCUCACCACCUUCAUGGAGGAAGCCCAAAACUCUACCAACUCUGAGGAGAUGCUGGGGGAAAUAGUCAAAACCAUCUACCAGAAAGCGGUGACGGACCGCAGCUUUGCUUCCACAGCAGCCAAGCUCUGUGACAAAAUGGCCCUCUUCAUGGUGGAAGGAACCAAAUUCCGGAGUCUGCUCCUCAACAUGUUGCAGAAGGAUUUCACCAUGCGGGAGGAGUUGCAGCAGCGGGACGUGGAGCGCUGGCUGGGGUUCAUCACCUUUCUCUGCGAAGUCUUCGGCACCAUGAGGAGCAGCACCGGAGAGCCCUUUCGAGUCCUUGUCUGCCCCAUUUAUACCUGCCUCAGGGAGUUGUUGCAAUCUCAGGAUGUGAAGGAAGACGCUGUGCUUUGCUGCUCCAUGGAGCUGCAGAGCACCGGCCGGCUGCUGGAGGAGCAGCUGCCCGAGAUGAUGACGGAGCUGUUGGCGAUAGCACGCGACAAGAUGCUGUGUCCCUCCGAGUCCAUGCUGACGCGGUCCCUGCUGCUGGAGGUCAUCGAGCUGCACGCCAACAACUGGAACCCCCUGACGCCCACCAUCACGCAGUACUACAACAAGACCAUCCAAAAACUGACGGCUUGAGGGGCAGGGCAAGGUGGGGUGGGAAGGGACGAGAAGAAGACAUGCACCUUGACGGGAUCCAGCAAGAGCUUUUCCGAUUUAAAUCCCCCAGCAGACCAAACCCCAGCAUGCUCGAGAAUACGUUCGUGGGGUGGGGAGGGAGAAGCAUGUUUCUUUUUCAGCUGCGUCGCCAAGUGCCACCCCUCUUCCCCGCCGUGGUUUUGUUUUAGGGGUUUCUUUUUCUGAACACAUUGCUCAAGCAGCAGCAACGCAUCCCGCCGGGUUAUUGUUUGGCUUUCGAAAGAAGAUGGAGAAUUUGGAAAAAAAAAAAAAAAAAAAAAAGCCCCGAAUCCAAGUGGGGGCUAGUAUUGUUUUCACGCCGUCCUCCUGCCUUGCCCCGGCCAACUGGCAGGAGACAGCAGGCAGCAGAUGUCUCGGGAGGACAAAGCCAGACACACACUACACCAGACGCUCAUAAUUGAUGGCUUUUGUCGAGCGGGGCUUGCGUUAGGUUCCCCCCCCUCCCUCUUGUCUUCGACUUUCUGUGUGUCCCCCCUAUUCACCACCCCUUCGAAAGCAGAUCGGAGAGCGGGAUGACUUUCUUAUUUGCACUGGGUUUUCUUUUUCUCGAGCGUUUGUAUUUUCUUCUUAUUUUAUUGUAUCGUUGAACGGACAAUUGCGAGCAGCUCGGAGACGGGGAAAGCAACGCCUUCCCGCGAGCUGACUAAUGGUUUACGUGAAGAUGCUGAAGCAGAAGGAGUAUUUUAAAGGAUUCCAAAAGCCACUGCAGAAGUAACGUAGCCACCAUCGUCUUGCCAGUAAACUCCUCGAUGGAUUGAGAAACAUGUCCUCUGAGCUGGGAGCUCUAAGAAACAGGGGAUUCUGUGGCUCUUGCUGUUCAAGUCGCCGUUAUCCCUCAGCCACUAUAACCCAUCUAUCUUUUUUGUAAUAAUUUUUUUUGUUUCCAUUGAAGGAGUGCUUUAUUGUAAUUACUGUCAUGGUUGUAAUUAUACAUUUAAAUCCAGGCCUGUUAUAGUCGGGCCUAAUAAUGUACAGGGCGAGGGAGAAAUGAAGGUUUGAUGUUCUUCUUUGGAGACUGGGGAAGAGAAGACAAGAUGUGAAUAGCAAAAAGGAGGAAAAAAGAAGAGGAAAAAAAUAGGAAAAGCCAAAAAUAGAGGUUUUGAGCCUGGCUUCUAACUAGCUGAAUUUGCUAUCCAGUGUUUCUAGGUGUGCGGUGUGCAGGAGCGGCUCUGUCCCGUGGUCGGUGUAAGUAGCACCGUGUCCUCAAGGGAUGGGUGACGUGUUCAGUGGAGGAGAGUUUGCUCAGGGAUCCCUGGGUUGCUCUGGGAUCCCCAGGUUGCUCCAUGCUCCAUGCUGGAGCAUCCCGAGGGAGAGAGCGGCUGCAGGGGGGGUGAUGCCGAGAUGCCACGUGGGCGAGGAAAUGCCCGGAGGGUUAGGAGGCUGGUAUGGAGGGACGCACCACACCAUCGCAUCGCUCCCCGAAUCAUGAACAAGACUUGGUGGUCUCCUUAUUUGCUUGCUAGCAAUGCUUUUACCUGCUAAAUCACUUCUGGUGCUUAUUUCGGUGAAGCCUAAUGGGGCUGCAAGCUGCCCCGUCCCAUCUGCACAGUGGAAGAGGAGCCAAGGAAGGCACGAUGCCGGCAGCCCGUCCUGUUUUCAUCCCAUUUUUCAGUUUACUUUCCCAGUGAUAAGAAGAGCAUUUAUGCCGCAGUGCCGGCAUGCACGGAUCCCAGACCAGGCAAGCUGGGUCUCAUCUUAGCAGCUCAAACCCAUUUUUCCAAGCAAAACGUUGAAUUUCUGGUGGCUUGUAGAGAAGAGAGAUUUCACCCCAACCUCUUUGGAUGUGAAGUAUGUUCUCGGGUGCCUUAUGAAUGUGUUGGUCUGUCCGCGAUGGGGAGGAAGCUUUCGCUGCAAAAAUACAAAGGGCAGGAAUUUUCAGCAGAAAAUGCAUUGCAGGAGACAAGAGUCCUGAUGCUGCGGUUCAAUAUUAUUUGAAUUUUCUUCUGGUUGGCUGCUGAUGCGGUUUCUAAUCCGCACAUGGAGCAAGAGGAGCAAGCUGGAAACAGGAGCUUCAAUUUUCCUGUCUACCCAGAAAGCAGCAAAAUUAUUGCUGGAUGCGCUGGACUUGUCUAGGAAAAUUAAUUUCUGCUUCGUGGAUUGAAGCCUUGGAGCUUCGCAUGGUGACGGCGCCUUGCUUUGGGUCAGCUUUGGUAGUAGCAAUGGGGUUUGAUAGUAUUAAUGAGCAGCUGAACUUGAUUAAGGCAGCAAAGCCAUCAGUAUUACAAGGCUCAGGGUUGCGCCCAUUGCUCUUGGCUUUUCCUGCUCCCUGAUUUCUCAGGGAGCAGCGGAGAAGGGGAUUUAACACCAUUGCAGCAUGCCCAGGCACAGCAUUAGUCUUCUGGGAGAAGACCUGAAAAUGAGUAUUGUCUUGAUUUUUUUUUUUAAAAGAACAGAAAAGUCCUCUAACGGAGGCACAGCCUGAUCGGUCAGGGUGCCAGGGAUCCUGCCGGCAGCAAUCCAGACCACCGCUCCGGCCCCCACAGCAUCUCCUUUCCCCUUCCCCCAGAAUUCGCUCUCGGGGUGUAGUGAAAAAGAAAAAAAAAAAAAAAGAAAAACCCAGAGAAUUGGAGAUAUUGCUUCUAAAAACCUGAAUUUUCACCCAUCAGUGCAUCAGGUGGCAUUCAGAGGCAAAGUGUAAGCCACGUGGCAGUAUUUGUGCUUAAGCAUUUCCCUACCCCUACCAGCCAUGAGGCUUUAUUCAAUUUUCCCGCUGGGGUGCAAUCCUGCAACCCCCACCAACCAGGCUUUGCCCUUGACUUUUCCCCUCCAACACCAGGAUUUCUCCCACCGAAGAACUUUUAUGUGAAAUCUGUCGGGUUUUUAAUGUCUUGCCAUUUAUCUCUGCUAUUAAUGUACAUUCAUCCAGCCAUUAACCGCUUUGGUACGUCAGUUGCUCCGUUGAUACGAGAAUCAAAAUGUUGACCCAAAACGGGUUUUUUUCCCCAAAAUUACGUGCUGCCAAUGGUAUCUUUCUGAAGUCUAUCAGUAGGAGGUCGGUAGGCACGUGGCAUCAUUAACCACGGUACCGUGUUGGGAAAAGAGGUACCAGGAGGUCAUUUGAUGGGGCAGGAUGGGGGACAGCACUGGGACAUUUUUGGGAUUCCUGGUGAGAGCACCUAGGGAUGUCAUCGAGUAUUUUCUUCUCUUUUUUUGGCUUUCUUUAGAAACAGUCGCCAAAGAGUGUAAUUCUACAAUGUGCAUUUUUGAAGGUGUGAAGCCACUGGCUACAUCUCCCCGAAUUAGCCAGAUUUGAUCUUCGCUGCUCAAUAAAACUAUCCGUUUGGGGUUUUAAUAUAUUUUCCCCAUACGGCUACAUCAGCAAAGGGGAAAAUAACCUCCUUGGGCCAAAUAUAUGUGGGGCCAAACCUCGGGCUGGUGUAAAGGUGAGUGUCUGAAGCAUCUGCCGAGGAGCGAUGCUCUGCACCACCGCCGUGCCGGUCCCCCUCGGAUGCAGAGCAGGUUUGCCGGCUCCCUGCCAGACUCCCCAGCAUCUAAUUCACCACAUUCAUGGUGAAAUUCUUUCCAAACUGAGUUUUUUUGCUACCUGCCAAGUGAUUUGCUCGGUUUCCCCAUGAGGGAUUUCACCCCUCUUUGGAGAAGUCUCAUGUAUAUGGAGGUGAAACAAAAAUGGGGAAGAAAAGGGAAAAGUAAGCGAUUUGCUUAGUUCCCCUCUUCCCCAAAGGAGAUUAAUUAGUAUCUAUUCUUAGCAUGAUUGAUGGCUUUGAAGGAAAACUUGUCAGAAUAACUUAUGAUUUAUUUUCAUCCUUAUUUUUAUAACAUCCCUCACUUGGAAGUCUCUCAAAAUCUUAAACACGAUUUUUUUUUUUUCCCCCGCUGGAUAUUUUAUGGCUUUACACUAAUUUUGCUCUUCUUGGUGUUAGCUAUUAGCCAGUCCCGGUGAUACUUUUAGUAUUUUUUCAGAAGAAAUGACACUAAGGGUUGCGAAGUCCACUGUCAAUAGCCAAGGGAGCUGUGGUGUCCUGCAGAACACGGAGUUGAACGCUAGUAAUUCAUUAUUUUUUUUUAAUGUAUUUAUUUGCAUUUGAAAAAGCAACAUUUUUAAUUUAAUCAUAUUUGUUAAACUAAGCGCUUUAAAAACAAAUUUAAAAAAAUAAAAAAAAAAAGGAAGAAGGUUUUGGGGAGAAUAAAGACUAGAUAUUCAUACUAGAGAAAACACGAACUCAUCGUUUUCAGCAUUUCAGAGACUGUUAAAACAAGGGAGCUAAUAACUCUUUGUGGCAAUUCAGUCUUUGUUUAUAGAACAUCCAGACCCACUGUAUGCUAUAAAAUGCAUCAUCUGAGUAAUAAAUGUUUAAAGCUUGA